CCUUGGAUUAUGCCAAUGACCUGCCUCAUUUUAAUUUUUCAUUUUGAUCCUUUGACUCUUUAAUUCUAUAUAUAUAUAACCAGUUUUCUUUUCAUGCCUUUUGACUAAACUCUCUUCUUUCCCAAUUCUUUUCUUUCUGUUAUGUCUGCCACAGUAACUUCGGGUUCCCGUACUGGUCCCUCAGGUAAGAGGAAAGUCGUAUACAGACAGGAUCCUGAUGGGGUUUUCCGAAUGAAAAAGGAAUUCACCGAUGCUACCUCUAUAGCUUCUUCUUCUCAUAAACCUGAGCAGAAUCAGUCUGGUCUUGAAGCUUUAAAUAAUGAUAAGGAUGAUUUGAUUGACUUAUCUUAUAAGUUUGUACCGGUUCCUAAACCCGCACCGGCCCCUGCCCCUGCCCCUGCGGACCCAGCACCAGAGCCAGCAGCCCACCGGGCGGUUUCCCCCUGCUCGCCAGGCCCGGUCGCGCCAGCGGCGGUCGACCCGACUCGCCCCAGCUCGGCGGGCUCCAGCGAACGCGAGCCUGGAGCCAAGUUGCCUAAUCAGGAGACCGAGUCCCAUCAUCGCCCCAAGACCAAAAAGAACAAAUCCAAAACAAAGCAUAAACCCAAAUCAACCAAACGUCAUUCAUCAUCGACUUCAGUUGAAACCCAGCAGGCAUUAGAGCCUCCUCCUACCAUCACUCCCGAAUCCGAAGCUGAGUUUGCUCAUAAGUUGGCUGAAGCUCUUGAAUCUGCUACCGAAUCAGACUUGGAAUCAGAUUUUGAAAAAAAUCUCCCCGAAGUUCAACCAGAAAUUAUUGUUAACCCUACUUUUUGGAAUCGUUUGAGACUGAAAAUGCCUGCCAAUAGAUUCGAUCCUCCUAAAUCUUUAUCUGAUCAACGUAUCAUCAGUUAUGGUCUUGGGAUUCUUUCUGCAUUUAUACUUCAACGUCUUUCUCCUAUUUUGGGACAUUAUGCCCUUAUUUUAUUUGAUCUUUUGAAGAUUAUGAUUCUUCUGGGGAUAGUGGUUGGUGGUGUUUGUUGGUACGCUGGUCUUAUCAAGUUAUCUGAUAAUGUUUACAUUAGUAAUUUCAUGGAUAAGGUCCGGGCUAAAAUUAAUGGAGAAUCUCCAAAACAGAAGGAAGCACCUGCAAGUGACUUGAUGGAAUAUGACAGUGAUGAGGAAUCAGACGUUUCCUGGCCCGGUGCCAGCGAUGACGACGACGACAGCGAAGAAGAAGAAAUUGAAGAACAACCGGUUGCAAAACCAAUUGUUGAACCCAAACCAGUGGCUCCUUCUAAUAUUUCACUUCCUCCUCCAACUGCUUCCUCCUCUGCAGCAUCAACCGUCCCACCACCUUCUCCUCCUAAAUCGAAAAGGAGAGAAUCACUCACUAGGGUAACUCCAUUCGUGGCUCCUCCGCUUCAUCAUCGUGCAAAUACAACUCAACCCAAUUCAACGAAGACCAACUUUCCUCAAUUGAACCGUAACCACACCACCGAAGCUUAUCAACGUCGCCACUCUAAAACUGAACCUCCUCGUCGUGAUCUGGCCCAUAGUCUGGAACUGGGUGGUCGCCCAGCUGGCAGACGUCGUACUGGUAGUCACUCUCCAGUUAGACGUACUUCUCCUCAUAAAAAAUUACCUCCCCAACCAGAAGAUUUACCCUUGGUUAAUGAAAUUAAGUUAUAUAGAGAUGACCACUCUUUAGAUGGUCUUGGAGUAAGCUACGAGGACGAUGACUUUGAUACUGCUUUGAACUACAACAACGACUUACAUUCAAACCGUCACGUAAACAGGCUGAACAGUACCAUGAGCAAGAAAUCAGUCUUGGGUACUAGAGCCAACUAUGAAACUUUUUUGGCUAAUGCCGGUUCUGACUGAUGUUUUGAUACUUGGAUUUUGCAUAAACUCUUAUAUCCUUUCUUAUCUGUAUAGCAUUCUAUUUUUUUUUCAUUCAUUUCUUCUACUUUGCAUUAUGGCAUUUAUCUCUAAUAGUCUAUGAAUAUAU